AUGUCUCUUACUAGACCUAACCACCUGACCUACGAACAGCAUUUCGAGCGUGAAUGCGACUUCUUCCAGGAAGCUUUAGCAAGGGAGGCUUACUCGCUCCAUCUUUUGGAAGAUCGCCGCACAGAAACCAUUCAAGUUAUCUAUGAUCUGAUUGUUCAGCUGGAGAUCAUUUGCCAGCUCGCCGAGACUAUGGCUAGAAAGUCCCCGAUGUGUCCAACUGUCCUAAUUAGCACGCCGGGCUAUUUCCUUGGUGAAUUCCAAGAAUUUUGCCGUACGAGGGUUCUGCCUGGUUUGGUCAGGUCUUUGAGAUGCCUUAGAGAGUCAAACAUUAUCUAUCGCGAUAUUAACUACACAGUUGCUGGUCAAUUGGAGGCGGCUCACGAGGACCUGGCUUUCGUCUUGGAUUGUCGUGAGUAG